UAAAUAAGUAAUGUCGUGUCGUUAAAAGCCCCUCAAAGAGAAGCUAAGUAGUCUUCUUCCAGAGAGAAGAGGAACAAAUUAAAUGAAACGCUUGGUGGCUUAACUCAUACACUCUUGUCAUCAUCUAAAUUCUCUCUUUUAUUCACAUCUCUUCUCUGCUCCAAUCCAACACCCUCCUUCCUCUGCUUUAUUCCCGAGAAGAAGAAGAAAACAGAGACUUGCCAGUUUUCUCUCUCUGUCUGUGUGUUUAUAGUAGUAUUAAUCCUUGUUAACAAGGGUGAUGAUGUUGAUGGUGAUCAGCAGCAGGUGCUCUCACACUUCCCACAUCACCGAAAUUAUUAUCACCAGCUUCUUUCGUCAUAAGCUCUAGAUCACUAUUCUUUCUCAUCAAACCUUAUAUAUUGCUGUCCAAGAUUAAAGGGGUGGCAGUGAUAUCAGGAACCCCAGAUACAUAAAGGGAACACGCCUAUGGCUGUUUCUUGAAUAUCUCAGCUUCGUAAUAUUACAUAAUUCGCAGCUAUGAUGGCUCCAGGGAUGCUCUACAGUGGUGGGUCUGGUGCUUUUAAUUUCGACGGUGUUUUGAUUCAGAAACAGAGGGUUAUGUCUUCUUCUUCUACUACUACUGCAAAAGAGCAUCUUGGUUCUCUAUUUGUCCCCGGCUCUUCUUCUUCUUCUUAUUUGGGAUCCAGUUCUAUGGUCAGUUUCGGCCGUGUUAAUGGAGGGAAGAGGUCAUUCUUUGACUCAUUCGAUCAAGAAGAGAAUGAAGCUGAUGAAUUGGGAGAGUAUUUUCAUCAAGCAGAGAAGAAGAGGCGACUUACAGAAAACCAAGUUCAGUUUCUUGAGAAGAGUUUUGGGGAAGAGAGCAAACUGGAACCAGAAAGAAAAGUCCAGCUUGCUAAAGAACUUGGUCUGCAGCCUCGCCAAAUUGCAAUAUGGUUUCAGAAUCGUCGCGCACGAUGGAAGACUAAACAGCUCGAGAAAGAAUAUGAAGCAUUAAGGAAUCAAUAUGACAAUCUGAAAUCAGAUUACAAUAAUCUUCUCAAGGAAAAGGAAAAUCUUAGAGCUGAGGUUUUCCAGCUCACUGAUAAGCUGCUUCUCAAAGAGAGAAAAAACGGGCAAUUGACUCUACCCGACUUCCAGAAACACUCCGAUGCAUCGCCAAAAGAAACCAUGGCUGAUCCUAUUUCAAGGGUUAAAAUGUCCAAUGUGUCAGCUCAGGUUCUUAAGCAGCAGCAGGAAGAUCUAAGCUCUGGUAAGAGCGAUAUCUUAGACUCAGAAAGCCCACAUUACACUGAUGGGGUGCAUUCCUCUUUCAUAGAGCAGGGGGAUUCUUCUUAUGUAUUUGAACCUGAACCGCCCGAUUUAUCUCAAGAUGAUGAAGAAAAAUUCAAUAAGACUAUGCUCUCUACGGCCAACUUGCUUGCAAAAGCCGAGGAUGAUGAUUAUCGCGUGACAUCCUCAAAUGUAAGCUACUUCGGAUUUCCAGUUGAAGACCAAGGUUUUGGCUUCUGGUCCUAUUGAGUUUCAUGGUUGUAUGUAGCAAUGCGGAAUAGUACUAUUUUAUGUGUUUAGUAAUGUCUCAGUUGUGUAUAUUUGGAGACAAUCCAUGGCAGUAUAUUUUCUGUAAUAAAUAAAGUCCUCUUUUAUGGGACCAGAAUCCAAAUGAGGUGAUGGGUUCUAGUCACAGAACAGUUGGGAACUAUGGCUAUUGCGCUUAAUUUGUAAACCUGUUGGUAUAUGUAGCUGGUGCUUCAUGUUGUUCAAUCAUCAAUGCCAUUUGUGAAAUCUGA